ACACGCAUGGUACGUUAAUAGCGAAAGAAGUGUCAAUUUUGAAGUUUUCACAGUAACAUUAAAUCAAGGAUACAAGGAUUUGUACGAACCAUGAAAGAUGGCACCAAAAAAUAAAGAAAAUUAUACAUCUGCAAGUAAAAAGAAAAGACAAAUUUCUGAGGAAGAAGAUGAUGAAGAUUAUAGAAGACGUAGGGAUAGAAAUAAUCAGGCUGUAAAACGUUCUAGAGUUAAAAGUAAAUUACGUAACCAACAAACAUUCGAACGUGUAAAUCAGUUAAAAACAGAGAAUGAAUUACUUGAAGAAAAAGUUAAAAUGCUUACAAAAGAAUUAGGAUUUUUGAAAGACCUUUUCCUUGCACAUGCAGGUUCAAGUCAACACUCUGUAAACAUUCAAGAUAUAGAUUUAAAUGCUCUCUUGGCUGAAGAUACAAAACCUGUGGAACAUGUAAAAGAUAUCACUAAACCAUAG